UUUCCCCGCCACGGCGGCCCACCAGACCUCGCCGUCGACUUCAACCUGGUCGCCUCCUUCUUCUUCGGCCUUUCCUUUUCUGGCCUCGACGACCUUGCUGGCUCGCAUCGGCGAUGGCUGCUGACGCAGUCUCCCUCAUCGAGUAAAUCCCCGAGUUCCAGGCCGUCCCCGCCCGAGUCGCCGUUCGCUGGGAGGAGUGCUCUCGUGCUCCUCUUCUUGCGAAACUUCCAACCGUCGAUUGGAGGAUUCCGCGGACUUGUUAUCAGUCCGGCUAUGGCAAUAGCAGCUGCUGGUGUUCCCGCAAGGAUGGUGGUCCAAGCUGGAACAACGACGACUGAUGGCGGUGCCUUGUUCGACUUGGUCUCUGCUGCGAUAGGCAGCACAGUUGUAAUGGGACCCAAUAUGCGCAACAAACUGAGCGAGUAUGCUGCAUCCUUCUCGGUUGAUCCCUUCAGCGUAGGUGGCAGUGGAAUGAACAGCGGCGAUUGGUGGAGGAACCGCAAUGGGGGUUCGUGGUGCAGCCGUGUCUUUUGUGGCCGGCGAAUCCGCCACCAUCCUCACGUGUGGCGUUGUUCCGCUUCGCUCGAGCUCGAUUGGAAACGCCGGUUGUUCCAACCAAUCUUCAAAAUCCAUGUCUACGACGGCAGCCUUCAACAAUGGCGGUGAGUCUUCCUUCAUCGGCUCCUUGGACGCGACGGCUACGGCUUUAGGUGGAGCUGCCCGCGCAAUGUUCCCGGACAGCGGCAAGGACAAGGCAACCUCGUUCUUCCACAACGCUUCCAGCUUCGACUUCAACAUCUUUGUGAGUUCGCUGACCGCGAGCUCUUCGAAUCUCGACAUGGUUCUGGUACGAGUGCCUGCAACCGGGCUCUGAUACCACUUUCAUAUGCCAGUUUUGACAAAACAUACAAGGAAGUGGAAGAUCAUGGACCGAAUAUUAUCAACGUUGUUGUCUAUUCCUCGGACAAACACAAAUUGAGGGACAUCGAAGCGUACUAUGUCGAGAAUGGCUGCUUCUCCAGCAGAACUCGAUCGGCGGGUGCUGGCGUGGCGUGGCAGUCGAGAAAGCAGAUUGGCGAAUUUUUAAGGUAACGAAACAGUCAACGUGGGACCACAUGUUCCAAGUUAAGUAGUGAGAUUGUAAGAACAUGCGAAGUCGAGAAAAGCAAAUUGUCCAUUUAUGCGAAGUUGGGGUCGUAUUAUAUUAGGGGUUUUUUCUUUUCUUUCUUUGUCAUAGAUACUCCGAAAAAACAAGCAUCAUAGAUGUGACAUAUACAAA